UUUACUGGCAACAUGAAGUCAGUAUUGAUGUUGUAUCUUCCUUUGUGAAGUAAUGUUUAUGACAAAGUUACUACUCCAUACAUUUAACAGGUCGUUGUCAUCAGCCAAGUCGACGACUUCCACUUUGGAGAAACGUCUUUAAAUAAUAAAAACCUCCAGGGAUGCUCGCUGAUAAUAAUUCCAUACUUUAAUAUAUAAGAGUCUACAAAUAAUUACCUGACUACGUUGUCAAUAAACUGACAAAAUGGACCGAACCUACUCUUAUUCAAUGUUAAUUAAAUGGCUUGAUACCUUCAAUAUUGAAGCUCCAUACCACAAUACGGAAGAAUUAAGCACUGGAAUUGCCAUGUCGCAAAUCUUAAAUAAAAUUGACCCCAAAUUCUUCCAUGACCAGUGGUUAAUGUCCAUGUAUUCAGAUCCAGGAAACAAUAGAAAACAACGGACAGCAAAUUUACAAAAGAUUCUGAACAGAGUUCAAGAGUUUUUUUCCAGUUUACCAAAUUUGCGUAACAGAGGAUUUCCCCUGCCAGAUAUUAAUGCUAUUGCUGAAACUAGCAGCAUGAAAGAAUUGGUUUCUUUCCUGCAGCUGAUUCUUGUGUGUGCAAUGUAUUGUGAAGAAAAUACACACAUACACCAAAUUAUGGAAAUGGAAGAAUCCGUACAACAAGUGGUUAUGCAACUCCUAAAAGAGGUUGUUAAUGAAGAUGGUACCUCCAGUAUGAAUGAUAGUUUUUCAGCAAUUAGUGAUCUUUCCAAGUAUUACUCUCAGAAUUUUGAUCCUGAAGACAAUGUUGAUGGAUCUUACCAACUUGGACGUGCAGAUGAUCAGCUAAGACGUACACUUGAUGAACUGCGAAAUGUCAAAGAAGCUAACGAAGAAUUAACAAAACGUUGCCACUUCUUGGACGAACAAAUGACUUCUUUACAAGAUGAGAAAAUUACUCUGUCUUCUGAAGUUGACAGAUUAUCAGAACGUUUGAACCAAGCAGAAAAUCUUGAUGAUCCUGGAACUCCAGCUGGCCGGCGCUGUCAGCAGUUACAGCGACAAACUGAACGUCUGCAAGAAGAAGUUCUUAAACUGGAAUCUGCCAGAGAUAAUUGCAUUGCACGCCUUGAUAUAAUGACUGAAGAGUUUCGAGACCUCCAACAAAAGAAUAUAGAACUCAAUCAACAAGCAGAAGAAGCAAGAUCGUUAAAAGAUGAAGUUGAUGAACUUCGAUACUUAGCUUCACAACAAGCAAGAAAUGAAACAUUAAUUCAGUCCUAUAAAAGGAAAUUUGAGGAAAUGGGUGAACUAAGAAAUAAAGUGAAUGAACUGCAUGAAAGUAAUAACAAACAUAUUGAAGAAAAAAUUGCUAUGGAAACGGAAUUGCGCAAGUUUACCCAGCAGAAGUCUCAACUGGAUCUGAUGGUGAGCCAGAUAACCAAACUUGAGAAUGACCUUGCAUACCAAACCCAGAGAGCUGAUAAAAAUGAAGUGGAUUACAGAAUGGCUAAAAAUAAAUUAACUAAUCUCCAAAAAGAAAAAGAGAAAUUGGAGAAUGAACGGGAUGCUAUGAAGGAAGUCAUUGAAGAAGAUCAAGAGAGAAGCUGUACUUUACAGACACUGACCAGCUUGGAACAUCAAGAAAAAUUUGUGGGUUCUCUCUUUACAGAGACUGAAAUGCUCUCUAUUCCUCUAAAUAUUAAGGAGAAGUUGAUGAGGCUUGCCAUUGAGAAUCGAGAUUUGAAAUCUUCUCAGUCAGGUGAUGAUGAGCAGUCAGAAAUGCUUCGCAAGAUGUUAGACGAGAGCAACACUAAACGAAAUGAACUGGAAGCUGACUUACGUUUGUCAAGACAGAAGAAUCUAGAACAACAAGCGCUUCUAGAAGAACUUCAAGUCAGUCAAACCACUGCAGAUGUUACAUCGACAGAGCUGACAGAAUUGAAAAAGGUCAUAUCAGAACAGAAACGCCACAUACAAAGUGUAGAGGCAGAAGUAUCGGAGAAGAAACAUCAGAUCGAGGAAUUGGAUCGACAGCGUUCUCUUGAUGCUGAACAAAUCCAUCGGCUUCAAGAACAACUGAAUAAGAAAGAUGAUGAACUGAAGAAGAUGGAGGAGAUGUACAGACGUUACUUACAAAAGGCUAAAGCUGUAUUCAAAUCCCUUGACAUCAAACAGAAUCCUGCUUCCGGCCCCGAAGUCCAAGCCCUUCGCAACCAAUUGGAUGAGAAACAGAAGCUGAUUGAUCAUUUAGAGAAAGAUUAUGAGAAGAGCAAAGUUAUGCGAGAGGAAGAAGAAAAGUUAAUUAUAACAGCUUGGUAUAAUCUGAGUCGGCAGUUACAGCGACGAGCGGUGGAUGAGAAAUUAAGUCACAAUAACUCAGGCCAGUCAUUUCUCACUAAACAGCGACAAGUUCAUGGCCGCAGGAUAUAAUGGACAUCUUUCGCAAACAACAGCCCUAAUUCCUCAUUCAGCUGGCCUUCAUUGAUUUGUUUCGUUGUUUUGUUUUGUUUUUUUUCUAACCUGUUCUGGUUUCGAACUUAACUGUCAUCUUGGUGCUGGUUAUAAGAUGACUGUUACAUUGUGUAUAUAUAUACAUAAAUAUAUAUAUAUAUAUAUAUAUAUAUAUAUAUAUAUAUAAAAAAUAUAUUAUAUUAGCUAACAACAUCACAUUGAUGG